CGAUCCCGGAGCGGUGUCCCCGCGCGCGUCCCAACGCGUCCAGUGCCGGCCGCCACACUGUCGCCGCGCCAUGCUCCUGCUGCUCGGACUGUGCUUGGGGCUGCCGCUCUGCGCGGGGUCUCUGGGAGAGGCGCGGAGCUGGGGUGACACUUCGGAGCCCGUUGGAGUCAGGGUCCCGAGGCAACUCAGGCUGUUGCAAAGACUGAAAGCCAAACCCUUGAUGACAGAGUUCUCAGUGAAGUCUACCAUUAUUUCUCGUUAUGCCUUCACUACGGUUUCCUGCAGAAUGCUGAACAGAGCGUCUGAGGACCAGGAAAUUGUGUUUCAGAUGCAGAUUCCAGCCGCCGCUUUCAUCACCAACUUCACUAUGCUUGUUGGAGACAAGGUGUAUCAGGGAGAAAUUACAGAGAAGGCAAAGAAAAAUGGUGAUAAGGUAAAAGAGAAAAGGAAUAAAACCACAGAAGAUAAUGGGGAGAAGGGGACAGAGACCUUCAGGGCCUCAGUAGUGAUUCCCAGCAAGGACAAAGCCGUGUUCCUCCUCAGUUACGAAGAGCUCCUGCAGCGGCGGCUUGGGAAGUAUGAGCACAUCAUCAGCGUGCGCCCCCAGCAGCUGGUGGGGAGGCUCACGGUGGAAGUGAACGUUCUAGAGAGGUCGGGCCUCGCGUCGCUGGAGGUGCUGCCACUGCACAACAGCCGGCAGAAGGGCAGCGGGAGGGGCGAAGAUGAUUCUGGGCCACCUCCUUCUACGGUUGUCAACCAAAAUGAAACUUUUGCCCAAGUCAUUUUUAAGCCUACUGUGGUCCAACAAGCCAAGAUUGCCCAGAAUGGCAUUUUGGGAGAUUUCAUCCUUAGAUAUGAUGUCAACAGGGACAAGAGCAUUGGGGACAUCCAGGUUCUGAAUGGCUAUUUCGUGCACUACUUUGCCCCGAAAGACCUUCCUCCUUUACCCAAGAACGUGGUAUUUGUGCUUGACAGCAGUGCCUCCAUGGUGGGAACCAAACUCCGGCAGACCAAGGAUGCUCUCUUCACGAUUCUCCAUGACCUCCGACCCCAGGACCAUUUCAAUGUCAUUGGAUUUUCCAACCGGAUCAAAGUGUGGAAGGACCAUUUGGUAUCAGUUACUCCCGACAGCGUCAGAGACGGCAAAGUCUACAUUCACCACAUGUCGCCCACGGGAGGCACAGACAUCAACGGGGCCCUGCAGAGGGCCAUCAGGCUGCUCAACAACUACGUGGCCCACAAUGACAUUGAAGACCGCAGCGUGUCCCUCAUCAUCUUCCUGACGGAUGGGAAACCCACCGUCGGGGAGACCAACACCCUCAAGAUUCUGAACAACACCAAGGAGGCCACGCGAGGCCAAAUCUGCAUCUUCACCAUCGGCAUUGGGGAUGACGUGGACUUCAAGCUGCUGGAGAAGCUGUCGCUGGAGAACUGUGGCCUCACACGGCGUGUCCACGAUGAGGACGACGCGGGCUCACAGCUCAUCGGGUUCUAUGAUGAAAUCAGGACCCCUCUCCUCUCUGACAUCCGCAUCGAUUAUCCACCCAGCUUGGUGGAGCAUGCCACCAGAACCCUGUUCCCUAACUACUUCAACGGCUCAGAGAUCAUCAUUGCCGGGAAGCUGGUGGACAGGAAGAUGGAUCAAUUGCACGUGGAAGUCACGGCCAGCAAUAGUAAGAAAUUUGUCAUACUGAAGACAGACGUGCCCGUGGGGCCGCACAAGGUUGGGAAUGGUGUCACGGGAAGCUCCAGGCCCAAGGGUGACGGCAAGGAGGACCCCAACCAUCUGGAGCGUCUUUGGAGCCACCUGACCACAAAGGAGCUGCUGAGUUCCUGGCUGCAGAGUGAUGACGAGCGGGAGAAGGAGCAACUGAGGCAGAAGGCUCUGGCUCUGGCCAUGAACUAUAGCUUCCUCAUCCCGUUCACAUCCCUGAAGCUGAAGAAAUCCGCCCAGCCAACGGAGAAACUGGAGGACACCCAUGGCAUGUCGGCCGCCAUAGGGCCGGAAACCGUGAUGCAGAGCCUGAGAGGCGCCCCCCUGCAGCCAGGACCUGCUCUCAAGGAACCGCACAACCCAAGAAUUAAAAUCUCCAAAACAUCAGUGGACGGAGAUCCUCAUUUUGUUGUGGAUUUCCCCUUGAGCCAGCUCACUGUCUGCUUCAACAUUGAUGGGGAGCCCGGGGACAUCCUAAGGCUAGUCUCUGAUCACAUGGACUCUGGUGUGACAGUGAACGGAGAGUUAAUCGGGGCCCCCGCGCCUCCAAACGGUCACAAGAAACAGCGCACUUACUUCCGCACCAUCACCAUCCUCGUCAAUAAGCCCGAGAGGUCUUACCUGGAGAUCACGCCAAGCAGAGUCAUCCUGGAUGGUGGGGACAGGCUGGUCCUCCCCUGCAACCAGAGCGUGGUGGUGGGGAGUCGGGGGCUGGAGGUGUCGGUGUCCGCCAAUGCCAACGUCACCGUCACCAUCCAGGGCACCAUAGCCUUCGUCAUCCUCAUUCACCUCUACAAAAAGCCGGCACCCUACCAGCGAGACCACCUGGGCUUCUAUAUCUCCAACAGCAAAGGCCUUUCCGGCAACUGCCACGGACUGUUAGGUCAGUUCCUGAACCAGGAUGCCAGAGUCGCAGAGGAGUCUGCCAGGCUCAGCAAGAACCUUACUAGUCCUCUGUUCCCUAAGGCAGGCGAGAGGCCUGAGACCAUCCUAAAGGUGAAAGGGCACCAGGUGCCGGUGGUCUGGAAGCAGAGGAAAAUCUACAACGGGGAAGAGCAGAUAGACUGCUGGUUUGCCAGGAACAACGCCGACAAACUGAUUGAUGGGAAGUACAAGGAUUACCUGGCCGCCCAUCCGUUUGACUCAGAGACUGCGUUUGGCCUGGGAACAUCCAGGGCACUCUGACACUAGCAGCCUUAACGUAAGAGCCCAUGACAGGGAAAUGGUCUUCUGGGACACCAUGGUGCAGUUCUUGUCGCUUGCACAUGCCUCGUCUCUUGGCCAUUGGCGGCAACCCAUGACCUACCCCUGGCGGCGUGUAGGUCCAACGUCUGCUUGAGCAAAGGGUAGGGUCAGGAAACUGAAGUGAAAAUGUUAUUUCCUUCUCCUUCCUCCUCCUGCCUCCCCCUCCCUAUCCACAAUAGAGAAAGAUGGUGGCAUCAAGGGGGAAGGCCUAGUUAAAGCAAGAAGUCUCUAACUUGUACCAACUGGCUUGUCCGUCUCAUGGCUACCAGGAGGUAACUCUGAUGAGGGAAGAUUGUGCAAAGUUUCUUUCUCUGUGGAAAUGACCAAGUUUGGGUACUCUGUUCGUUGCCUUAUACUAAUGCUUAGGAACCUCUCCUCUUAGUACUGGGGCCUUCUCCAGAUGUGUGGCCAACCUCUGCCUCAGGGGAACCUCUCACUGGGCCCAGGCCACGGGUCAUGAAAUAGCAUGUGGAUUUGAUCACUGUAAACAAUUAAGUUGUUUCUUUGGAGAGGAUUUUCUUCUGCUGUGGUAACUUGCCCUUGAAAAUAAGUUUUCCUUUUAAAAAAAAUUGAUUGAAAAGAGAAAAUCUAUAUCCCAGAUGCCGUUAUCUUUCUGAUGGGCUUUAUCAACCACUUGACUUUGCUGUUGGAUAGUCUCCUAUUUAUUCCAGGAAGCUAAGUGCUUUUAAUAAACAGGACAGCCCCAUGUGGAUGUUUUGUACUGGCCUGUCUUGGUGCUGGCGAGCCGGCCAAAUGACAAAUUUUUCACUUGGCGCUCUUCCGCCUUUGUCAUAAUUCCGGGUCUUACUUGCUUGCGGUCCUCCAAGAGGUGGUAAAUUAGGUUCUCGCAGGACGGGAAUGGAAGGUGGAGCCAGCCCAGAGCAUGUCCAUCAGCCUCCCUACAGGAACCAACUUUCACAUCCUCAACACGUGGGGUGAACAUGCUUACAAAAUCUAAGAAGCCUUCCCACCUCUCAAAUAGGAAAUCACCUAUGAGUGAGGGCUUUGGUUCCAGAACGUGGACAAUUCUGAUCCUAUAGGGAAAGGUUAAAAUCAGUGGGGGCUUCAAAAGUCCGUGACUGUCACCCUUCUCCUUGCAGACACCCUCUGUUAAGCUCGUUCAUGUUAUCAAGGGGAGGUGAGGCUGCUGAUGGCAUUGGUGCCCCUUUCUCAUCCUCCUCACCAAUUCUUGCUUUUUGCUCUCUUUGGCCAUCUCAGGAUCACUCAGGUUCAAUAAACCUCAUCCUCAUGGCGUGAGGAGUGUGGUCAGGAUGUAGAUGGAUGCAGGGGGCACUUGAGCCAGAUGGCGGAGAAAGAAAGCUUUGGGUCAGAGAAAUAGAAUAUUUUGAUGUGAGACUGAAUUAAAGAAAGGCUUUUGUGCUGGCUUCACAGGAGGUUUCUUCCAGGCGGAGCGACUCCACAUAAUGCACACUUAGCACUUGGAGAGAAAUCAGAGUCAAGAAAAGUGUUUCUCAUAGUUACUCUCCGAUGGGAAACAUCUGAGCAGCAAAAUGACAUCCACAUGUCCCUGUUGGACCAGGCGGCUUCAGGAGAUUAAGUUAGUGCGGGAGCAGUUUUCAGUUCUGUCUCAGAGUCUUAGUCUCUGUCCACUUGGUGAAACCACCCAACGAUGGCCUGCCAGCUGUGGUAUUUUUGACUCGCAUCUUCCCAAACUCAGCUGCCUGUUUUCAUGCCAGCAAGGUGAAGACACCAGCCCAGGCUGCUGGCAGAUGCUUCCAUAUUUUAGAGCUCAGAGCAGGAGGAAAAGCCUGAGCCCAGGCUAGCCCGUGCCUGGUCCCGCUCCAUGGGGACCUUCUGAUUAUGAAAUCUCAGUCCCAGCUGGGCAGGCAUCCUGUGAGCCUAGAGGCCAAGCUGUUGUGUUGGCACUUGGAGCAAUGAUCUGUGAUCCAGGUGUGGGCCUCGAAGCUGCAGAGAGCAGGGUAUUGCUAGUUAUUACCAGUUACUACUGCUUCUGUGGCUACUUAUCCAAGAGCAGAGAAAAAUGUUCCAGUGGGCAACCCAUCAUUUACUCUCACGCUCCAAAAAAAAUUUUUUUUAGUAUCAAAGUUGAACUUUUACUUUACCGUUUUUACUUUAGACAAAUACCACUUUUUUUCCUCCUCCUCUUCGGUUAUCUAUCAUUUUUCACUGCAAAAGGUAUUUACCAUUAAAAUUUCUAUUUUAGCCAGAAACUGUGAUAUCUCUGAGCCCGAAAUUCAAACACCAAUGUUAGACUUAGGAUCUUUUAAUUUGACUGAAAAUAUUGUAUUUUCUGUUGGCCAUAUGGGUUUUGAAGAGCAAGCUCUCUUAAAGUCAAUGUGGAGGAAGGGAGGAAUUCUCUUCUCAGAUGGGGAAACUGAGGCAGGAUGCACUUGGCUGAUAUGUCCCACAUUAUAUAAGACUUAGAGCAGGGCCAGGCUGAACCUCCAGAAUUUAUUUUGUUGGCUUUGACAUGAUUUCACCAUCUGAGCAAGCACUGAUUUUCCUUGAGCAUUUAUACAUAGCAAGGGGGGACCAAAUGAGCAGUUGAAUGAGAUUGAGAAUUAGGUCGCAAUUAGAGGAGCUAGAGCGCAGGUUAUCAUCAGGGCCAGCGUUCAUGAGUCAGAACAAUGGCCAGCUAGGAUCUUCAGUGUCUCCAUCUCUGCAUUCUCAUAUCCUCCCACAUCUGAAAGACAGGCAUCUGAAUGGUCAUCCUUUAGGGUCUCCUACUUUGAAGUUUCACAUUCCCAAAGUAAAGUGGGCUGGACAUUCUCUACCUGCCAUUCUAGGCGCUUCAUCUUCUGUGACGCGGGCUACUGGGAAGUGAAAAGGGCACCUCUUUGUUCCUAUCAGGUGUAACAUUAAAUCUUUAAUUAACAGGUAACCUCACAGGUGGGUGAGGGACAGGAUGGAUUUCUUUACAUUUAUCUCUUGGCUAAACGGAAUGCUAUGGACUGAAUGUUUCACCAAAACUCACAUGUGGAAGUCUAAAUCCCAGUGUGACGGUGUUAGGAGGUGGGGCCUUUGGGAGGUAAUUAAGUCAUGAGGGUGGAGCCCCCAUGAUGGGAUUAGUGCCUUUAUAAGAAGAAACGGGAGAGAUGACCUCUCUCCUCUCCACCCGGUGGACACAGUGAGAAGACGGCGUCUGAGAACCAGGAAGUGGGCCCUCAUUAGACACAAAUCUACCGAUGACUUGAUCUUGGACUUCCAGCCUCCAGAAGUGUGAGAAAUAAAUGCUUGUUGUUUAAGCCCCCAGUCGAUGGUAUUCUUGAUAGGGCAGCCCGAGCUAAGACACUGAAUCACUCAAAAUAUAAAUUCUGUUUCCUUUCUUCAAGCUAUCCAGAAUGUAUUACAAACAAUGCUCUCACUAAAAUUUGAAGGACUCUUGGAACCAUAAAAACAUGGUCUGGCUAAAAUAAACAGCAAAUAAAAUAAUACAGCUAAGCAAAUACUUAGAAAUGUGUCUUUAAAUAUUUAUUUUACUCACUUUAAAAUAAUAAAUAGGGUACAAGAGAGUUCACAUCCAGGAGACAUUUUCCUUAAAAAUUGGUAAGAGAAUGACGUGUAAAAACAAACAACGUAUUGAUAUGUUUAUGUUUUGAAAAUGGAAUUAGGGCCGUAGAGAAUAAAACUUGAUGAUGCUAACUGCA